UAGUUCUGAGGGUGAGAAUCAAGUCUAUGCAACUUGAUAACUCUCCUUUUGACAGUCUGGCGGAACAUAAUUUCACCGAAUACGAGCACUAUCAAGGACGUGUCAAACGGGUAUUAAAGGACGAGUCUUCAUUCGCCAAUGUCGGUGAUCUUAUAUCCUUCUACUCUCCGGUCUCGGCUUGUGUGUUUCCACCACUUGAACUAGAUAGGCCUUACGCAAUAGGAGGAAAGCUGAUAGAUGGACGGCUAAUAGUUGGAUCAUGUGACGGGAUAGCCAUAAGGUUUGAUGAGCUAACACUUGAUCAAAAGAAAGGAUUCAAGAGACGAUACAAGAAACAGUGUGACUCCUGUCCAAUUGAGGGCGCCAGUGAGCAAGAAGAAGGAUGUAUUUAUAAUCCCGAGGCUUCCCAGAGAUUCGGUGGUCAGGACUGUGAAUAUCUGUAUUCCUUCUGUAAGCUCAGGAAACGCACUGGUGACUGUCGUUGGAAGCGUACUGCCCAUUAUGAUACUUGCUUUGCUGAAAGAGAAGCCCUACAGAAUGAUAGCCAGCCUUAAAGUGAUCAUUGGUGACCCAAACCCCAACCCCCCCCCAAAAAAAAAUAUAUCUACAAUUACUCACUGAAAAAUAGAUAAUGAUUUUUCAUUGGGUUUGAAAAGGCAGAUCCAAAUUAGCUUUUAAAUAAUAAUAAUAAUAAUGUGACUUAUAAAGCACCAAAUCCACUCUGUAGAGUGCUCAAGGUGCAUAAAGAAAAGAGUUAAAUAAAAAAGUUUUUAGAAGAUUUUUGAAAGUUUUGACAGAGGUACAUGAUAAUUACAUACAUGUAACUUGUAUGACUUAAUUGAUAAUGAAUCCCAACCCAUACUUGAUCAAGAAAUGAAAAAAAUUCACUGACAGCUUCAAAGAAUAAGAAAAUGUUUGAAGUUCAGGGUUUACUCAAGCAUGAGAUGGGCACACUGUGCUAUCUUAGUGACACUUCAAAGAAGUCCAGAAAACACUGUGUCAAAGAAUUUCUUGUUUUUAUUUGAAGAUAGUAUAAAGAAGGAAUACUCAUUCUGAUAAGCUAAAUUUUCUAAAUUCUAUGUUUUGGAAACCACAUUACUACUUUGGCUAUUUUUUUUUUAGAGAACCUUCCUUCAUGAUUAAUGGUUGGUUUUGGGGUUGAAGGUCACAUUACAAUGAAUCCAAAUAACCAAAAGACCAUUUCAUUUCUUGACAGAAAAUCAUUAAAAAUCAGCAGCAGGUAAUAAAUGGUAUCUAUCAGCUUUUUCUCAUUCUAUACCUCUCUACAAAACUAAAAAUUAUUUAAACUUCAAGUUAAUAUGUUGUGAUAUAAUUCUUCUGUGUCCCGCAUUGUGUAAAUUCUAAAAAUUCCAGAUUUAAAGGGGAACUGUCAUCCAAAGAAGUCAGCGGGUUCCUACACUAUGUGAUCAUGUCCACAAAAAAAUUCAGUUUCAGGGGGGCUACAACCCACAACAUACAGCCUAAAUAUCAAACCUUGGAUAAGUUUUAAUAUUGCAGUGAAUGGGAGUUUUCAAGAGCUCAUUUUCGAUUUUCAAGGUUUUUCUCAGAAUUCGGGGGCAGUAGCCCAGCACUUUCCCCCCAUGUAUGUGCUAUAUUGUUCAUUUUGAUACAGACACCUUCUAAGAAACACACACAGUGCAUUAUGGUUAUAAAUAAUAUGGCCAUUGGACCUUUAUUGAAAGAGGAAAAUGUUUGAAAGCCUUCAUGGUCACUUUGAUUUUCAAAGAAAUUAUAAUAGCAUUUGAUAUGAACAUUCCAACCUAUAAAAUCUCAACAAUCAAAUCUCGGAAUAACAGUAUAAAUACUGAAAUGGACAUUCCGGUGUGGCACAAGCGUCCCUAUAGGAAUGUUAGGAAAUUCAUCGGCUGCAACUAUUCCGACCACAAGGUUUGUGGCAAAGCAGAAUUCUAAGUUUAGUAUUCUUCGCUUUAUUUUAAAUAUAUUCAAAUAAAAUAAUUGUACCUCUUACAACCCUAACAUUUAAUGCAAAAUGAGAUUUGUUCAUGGAGUAUGCACCAGGCAUUAACAUACCUGAGGCUAUAGUGUGGUUGUAAUCCUCAAACUCUUAAUAAAAUCAUUGAACUUUUCCUUCAGA